AUGUUUGCUGGAAGGAAUGAUGAUGCGCUUGCGGUGACAUUGACCCUGUUGGCUGGUGCCAUUCCGCAAAUGAAUGUUGGUGAUCAGGAGCAUGAUGCUGAUGAGUUCCUUGCUUUAGGGAAGUUCGAGAAGAACAAUAUGCCAACUUUUGAAGGAGCUCAUGAACCUGACAAAGCUCAAGAAUGGUUGAAGGAUAUUGAGAAUAUCUUUCGAGUUAUGAACUGUUCAGAUGUGCAGAAGGUGCAAUUUGGCACUCAUAUGCUUGAGAAAGAAGCUGAGGAUUGGUGGCGCAACACUGUUCAGAGAUUUGAUGAGGAUGGCAUUGAAGUGACUUGGGAACUUUUCCGUGAUGCUUUUCUGGAGAAGUAUUUUCCAGAAGAUGUUUGUGGAAAGAAGGAAAUUGAAUUUCUUGAGUUGAAGAUCUAUGAUGAGGAUAGCCGUGAGAGUGCUGCUCAUUACAAGUCCUUGCAUGAUAAGAAAGGAAAAGGGAAAUUUCGAGGGAAGUCGUAUGGUGGUAAGAAGAAAGGUGGUGAUGGAAAGAAGCCGAGUGGGGGAAGAUCUCACACUCCUAUCAAGCACAUUAGUACGAAGUGCAACAAGCCGAAGAAGGAGCAAGCCAAAGGGAAAGUGUUUGCAUUGUCCGGUGCUGAUACUUCUGCUGAGGAGAGAUUGAUUCGAGAUUUUGAAGUUGAUUUAGUGUGUCUUCCAUCGAGUCAACUUGAUGUUAUUUUGGGAAUGGACUGGUUGAGGGCCAACCAUGUCUAUAUCAACUAUUUUGCGAAAGCUGUUCUUUUUCUUGAGCCAGAGAAGGAAGGUGAUUUAUUCUUGUCUACUCAACAACUUAGUGAAAAUGGAACAAUGGGUGAAUUUCCAGUUGUUCGUGAUUUUCCUGAAGUGUUUCCUGAUGAGGUUAGAGAUUUUCCGCAUGAAUGUGAAGUUGAGUUCACGAUUAAUUUGAUUCCUGGUACUAGUCUGAGUGAAGAGGAUUAUGCUAAGCAUUUGAGGAUUGUUUUAUUUGUAUUGAAAGAGAAGCAGUUGUUUGCUAAACUUUCGAAGUGCGAGUUUUGGUUGAAGGAAGUGAGUUUCCUUGGCCAUGUGAUCUCUAGUGGUGGUAUUUCGGUUGAUUCUUCUAAGAUUGAGGCUAUAUCUCAAUGGGAAGUGCCGAAAUCUGUUAUGAGAUUCGUAGUUUUCUUGAAAUUAAAGAUUGAGCAUCAAAAGUCGUCUGGUUUGUUACAACCGUUAUCUAUUCCUGAAUGGAAAUGGGAUAGUAUUUCUAUGGAUUUUGUUCCUGGUUUACCUAGGACUCAGAGUAAUUGUGAAGCUAUUUGGGUUAUUGUGGACAAGUUGACGAAAUCUGCUCACUUUAUUCCGAUUAGAAUGGAUUAUUCGAUGGAGAGGCUUGCAGAGCUGUAUAUUGAGAAAAUUGUUAGUUUGCAUGGUAUUCUGUCUAGCAUUGUGUCAGAUAGGGAUGCGAGGUUUACUUCGAGAUUUUGGGAAGGUUUGCAACGUGCUCUGGGUACAAAGUUGUGUUUGAGUUCUGCUUAUCAUCUGUAG